AUGGUUUUAGCUAAGGAUAUGGCAGAGGUUGAAAGACAAGGUCACAGCAAAGUUCACCUUCUCGAUCGUGAUUGGGACACCAAUGAAGCAUUCUGGUCUCAUUUCGGAGGAACGCGUGCUGUCUGCACCGUAACUGAGGCUGGCCACGAUGACGACAAUUACUGGAAGGAGACAUCAAACAAAUUGAGUCUCUGGAGAGUGUCGGAUGUUACUGGUAACAUGAAGGUCACAAUGAUUGCUCAAGGACAAGUCAAGCGUAGCCAGUUGAACUCAAAAGACUCUUUCGUACUUGACGCUGGUCAAGCUGGGAUAUUUGUAUGGAUCGGCAAAGACUGUACUCUUGAGGAACGCGCUCAAGCAUUACACAUUGGAACGGAGUACAUUGAAGCAUAUGGCCUUCCGCAAUGGACCUCAGUGACGCGAGUGCUAGAGAGCGCUGAGCCGGUAUCAUUUACCCAGUGGUUCGAUGAAUGGGUCAAUCCCAAGUCAAAAGAAACGUUCAAACCACUGUUGUUCCAAGUGUCAGAUAAAUCCGGAGGAAUGGUCGUUGAAGAGAUCGCCAAUUAUACUCAGGAGAGUCUCGACGGUGAUGACGUCAUGAUACUCGAUGCACUUAAUCGUAUUUACGUGUGGGUUGGAGACGGCGCUCACCAUGAAGAGAAAGUCAAUGCCAUCAGUACAGCUGAGAAAUACUUAGCCAUGGGUAAACUACCCCGUCAUCAGAAAACCGCUAUAGAAACAAUAUAUCAAGGAAAGGAGACACCUGGAUUCAAAAAGCUCUUCCCGAGCUGGGAUGACAAGUUGUUCAAAAGUGGUGAGCGCACAGUAGAAAACAUGCGAAAACUGUUAUUCAACUGA